CAAGUAUUACAAGAUGGUGUUGGGAGAAAUGCACACUCCCAAUACAUUGCUGUUAUAUAAAUAGACACUACUUUCUUGGAAUUCAGAUUGGAUUAUGUAUAUAAUUUUUUUGUAUAUCCUUUGAUCUCUUGGUUCUGCUUCUAGGAAUUUAAUCUCAGAAAAUAAUUAGAAAUGUGCACAUUCUGUUGAUUAUCCCACUAUGGUUGUAAUAGUGAACUAUUGGAAACAAGCUAAAUGUCCAACAUUAAGAUUAAAUUGAUGUAUUAUGGUACCACCAUCUAAUGGAAGACUUAUCUAAGUAUUAAAUAUGUUUUCACAGAGUCUCAACCUUUUUGCACCCCCUCUGCAAUGCAGCACCAAAUUUCUGACAAAUUGAAUAAUAGGCUAUAAAUAGUCUAUGGGUUAUGCGAAGAGCUGGUGUGUAGUGCUGAGACCAGUGCUACCACUGAAUUGCUGCUUUUUAAGGGCAUUUUCUAAAGGAGAGGAUUUAUAUGAAAAAGUGUUCAAUGAAAAAUCUGCAAAAGUCCAGUUUUGUUUAAAAGUUCCAUGUACAUAAUGCAUAUGUGCAUGUAUUUAUGUGUUUCAUGCAUAUGUGUUUAUAUGAAGACUAAAAGGAUAUAUACUCCAACAUAUUUAAUUGUAGAUGAUGGGAUACUAGGGGCCUUUCUUUCCUUUGUGCUUCUCUGUAUCUUAUACACUUUACAGAAAAGCUAUGUAAUACAUUUGAAUUUAGCAGCAGGAAAGAAAGCCUUAGUGGCCUCACUUCUCUGACCAGUUUAACUGAUGUGGUUGAAAACAGGUAUCUUCUCUUGUGCAGGUCUUCUUUCCUUUCCCUCUUCCUCUUCCCAUCUACUCUGUGUUAGCAGUCAGCUUCCAUUAUGGGCCUCUAGGAAAACACUGAUAAAUGUGGUCUUAAUGGAUUUGGGUUUGUUUGUGUGUGUGUCUGUGUUUUUUUUAAGAAUUAGCAAACAUUUAAGGGACUGGCUAGUUACCAUGUUAUGAAUGUGAGGUCUAUUUAGAAGAAAUGUGGUUCUAGAAACCAUAUCUCUAUAUUUAGGGUAGGUGCCCCUCUAAGACAUUUGGAUGCCGUCAUUCAUCAUCUUUCUGUUGGGUUUCUUCCUCAUCUUUUGACUCUCAUAAUUUCCUCUCUUGCCUUUCUUGUACUUAGAUGCAAAAACCAAAUCUCAUCUUCAGGUAACUUUUUCAAUCAGUUGCUGACUGCUGAAUUCCUCAGAAGGUGACUGAAAAGUGAACAGUUGAUGGGGUAAUUGGGUGUUUCAAGACUAAUCAUCUACCAUCAGGUAAACCUCCAGGGUGGCUGGUAUCCAUAUGCUAACUAGAAGCAGGGAAUUAGUGCCUAAUCAGUGGUUUACCUUCAGAGGGGCCUAAUGAGGCUGUAUUCCAAGGAAGAAAAUAAGCUCCAAGCAUAAAAUCAGAGAUGAGGAGUGUAGCAGGUAUUACAUUUUUAUUACAAUACCAUAGAGGACAAAUCUCAGACAGCCCUGUGGUUUUAAAUAGGCAAAGUGGCUGAAAGCUGGUACAGAAAUAAGAGUGACCAACUUACAAAUCUGGUACCUUUUAAGGGUGCCCACUUUGCAUGUAAGUGGUAGUCUGACCUGUCCAGAUCAAUAGUGACAGCAAAAAAUACUCCCAAGUGUGGGUCAGUAAAAUGAUACAGCCCUUUUUAGUUAUUUUGGGUCAUGUGGGAUUAAACAUGUAGCUCAGCUCUGGAGCCCAGAGACCAAAAAUACUUCAUUUGGUAUUUGGGAAUUUCAUAGUACAUGCAUGUAUUGGCUUGGUUGUAUCUGGCAAGUAUUAUUUGUUAUAGCCCAACUGGCUUCAAGCUCAGGCCUCAACUGCAUAUAUGUGUAAUUCUUCCCAGUAUAUAUAUUAGGUGUGCAAGGUAAGGAACACCUUUAAAAAGAAACCCUUUAAAAAGUAAGAACCCGUUAAAAAGAAAAGAAAAAUUAGUUUUUGGAAAGCUGGUUGGUCUUGGUCAUGUGGCCCAAGAUUAUUUUACAGCAAUAUAACCAGUUGGUUUAUUUUAUUUAAAAAUUAUUUUUCUCUCCCCGCAACCCUCCUUCCUUCAUCCCUCUUUCUUUUCUUUUGUACUUUUGAGAUUGGUACUAUAGAAAGUCAUGAGUUCCCCACCCUGCCCCAACUGGAACUGCCGUCUUAGGUUGGUGCUGCAGGACAUUUUAGGACAAAAAGUCUUUUUAAGGCAUGAAAAUAGCAGCAGACGGGUCUUGUUUGCUUUGGCAGAGGGAGCAGUUUUCCCUCCCAAGUAGCUCUGGGUAAGACCUAAUCUCUAAAGGUAAUCAUGUAAGUCCCAAGUUCCAAGUGACAGCAAGUGACUCUGCAUUUAAAAUACUCCCUCAGUCUUUUCUCCCUGUUAUUUUUGUAAGUUUACUUUCUAGGAGGUAGUUUACAAAUGGACACCACUUCCUGUAUUUUUUCUCAGGUUGUGGAACACCUUGCAGCUGCCAGGUGGGAUCAAGGGGCUCUUGUGGUCCUGCUUUGAGACUCCCCAGCCGGGUGGCUUCUGCCAGAACAGCCACUUCAGUCCCUGGCAGCUGGUGAAAAGCUGAGGAAUUCAUGUACUCAUAUUCUCUGGCCUUUGGGUGUCUGGCAGAGAGAGUAAGGAAUAAAAACAUGUACCUAACUGGCUUUAUGCUGUUUAGAUGAAAGUUGAAAAGAUGGGUUUCUUACUGCUAAUAUGUAGAAACACCAGCUUUAGUCAGUGGCAUCUUGUUUCUGAACAGACUAUAGAUGGGAACAGAAUGAGACGGAUGGAUUGGAUCGCUUUCCCCUCUCUCCAAGUAGAUCUCAAGUGCCGUGGUGACGUUGGUUUUCAGUGCCAGUACUUGCCUCCUGUUUUUUAGCUUCUCAUUUCACAAGGUUGUUUCUUGGGUGACAGGUUCCCCAUCAGCAGCCAAUGGAGCAUUCCUCUGAGCCACUUUCCUGCCCCAGUGAGCUGCCGCAGUAAGCCAACUUGCUCUUGUCUGUUUUUCAUAUGUCAGGGCCUAUUGCUGACCCUGCAGAGAUCAAACUAAGAUGACUAAGGAGAGAGAAGCUGCAAAAACAAUGUAUGUAAUCUUUCACCUCUGGUUCAGAUUGGCAUGCCUGCUUCCUCUCUCCUUUUGGACUUAUUUUCCUUUGGCUCUGGUAGGCUUGGGCAAGAAGUGUCAGAGCCACUCACUAAGGAGGCAAAGUGCCUGUCCUCUGAAGUCUUGCAAAUUUAAAACUUCAGCCUUUUUGGAUGCCAAAAAGUAAAGGUGGUCCUAGAAUAUUAGACUUGGAAGGUCUAGUGCAGACUCCUUACUUUGUGUUGGGAUUACAGAAACUCAGAGAGGUUAAAAGUGACAUUCUCAAGGGCACACAAUGCUUCGGGAGAUCCCAGACCAGAACCAAUCACUUCCUGUUGACUCAGCACCUUGGGAAUACAUGGAGUUGGCGAUAAUGCAUCUUUUCUUCUUGGGCUGUCAUCGUCUCCUUAGGGGAAGCGUAUAUGCUGGUGCGCAUCUUAGCAGAGAACUGUAGUGAAGCCAGUGGUGUAGAACCAGAGUUUAGAACCACACUGCCUGGGUUUGAAUCCCUUUUCUUUUAUAGACUGGCAGUAUGACCUCAAGCCAAAUCCUUUAAAUUCUAUUCAUUUCCCCCUCUGUAAAAUGAAGAUUAUAUUAUCUUUCUCUUAGGGUUGUAGUGGGUUAAAUGAGACAAUUCAUGUCACUCUCAAUACAUAAAUGUCAUUUAAGAGAUACUACUAUUAAUAAAUGUUUCAAAUCACUCUCAACAUGGACCAACCAGAUUUCCCUUUGCCUUCUUGCUUUCCAUUUCAUGCUUCUAGUCUUCUAAGAACCAGAACAAGACCCACCUUCUCUGAAACCUUCCCAUGAGGUGGACUUUGGAGUCUGACAGACUGGUUUUAUUUCCUAGCCUCACUGCUUAAUAGUUAAGAAACCUCAGUUUCCAAAUCUGUAAAAACUCUGACAAGAACCUAGAUUGCUAUGAGGUUUGACGGUGAAGAUGCAUAUGGAGCACAGUGCCCCAUGUUCCAUGACUGUGAGUUCCCUUCAUUAGUCCCUCCACUCUUCUUUCUAUUACACAAAUUCAUGCUCCUCUCUCCAUUUGCAUGACAUCUCUGUGUGGUUUAGCAUUCCAUGGCCCUCUGUUCCAGGAGAGGCGGUUCUGUCUCAGCAGUAUGUAGUAAGCCCUAAAAAACAGGGACUUGCCUGAUUGUGGCUUCACGGAACUGCCUGAGAGGUAGACACAGCUUCCGCAUCCUUCUUUGGAGCCACAGUGUCCACAGGGACCACGGCCUCUGGGAUUGCCCUCGGCCCAGCAGUGCCAGCUCCAGGCCUGGAGCCAGGCAGGCAGCCAAGCCCAUCCCCAGAAACAGCAGCCUGGCUGGCACAGGGGAGGAGGGAGGCUGGAGGCUGAUGUGCGUGCAGGGAGGGAGGCAGAAGCAAUUGGAGCCGAGAUUGAAAGAGGAAAGCUGGAGGCUAAUCUCGGUCUGGCGUAAACUGAGCAGAGCUACUGUCUUUGAUCUUUCAGGCUGGCUGGCUCCUCUGGCUGAUGGCAUGUUGAGGCACAAGGGCCAGUGGCAGCGAGGGCAUCCGAUCCAGAGGGGGCCACUCUAGAGACCAGGCCACCAGCACCAUGGGCCAGUGUGUCACCAAGUGCAAGAAUCCCUCAUCAACUCUGGGCAGCAAGAAUGGAGACCGUGACCCCAGUAGCAAGUCACACAGGCGGGGUGCAGGCCACCGUGAGGAACAGCCAUUAGCCUGUGGCAAGCCAGGUGGAGAUAUCCUCGUCAAUGGGACCAAGAAGGCAGAGGCUGCGACAGAGGCCUGUCAGCUGCCAACGUCCUCAGCAGAUGCUGGGAGGGAGCCCAAGUCCAAUGCUGAAGAGUCUUCCUUGCAGAGUUUGGAAGAACUGUUCAGGCGCUACAAGGACGAGCGGGAGGAUGCAAUUUUGGAGGAAGGCAUGGAGCGCUUUUGCAAUGACUUAUGUGUUGACCCCACGGAAUUUCGAGUGCUGCUCUUGGCUUGGAAGUUCCAGGCUGCUACCAUGUGCAAAUUUACCAGGAAGGAAUUUUUUGAUGGCUGCAAAGCAAUAAGUGCAGACAGCAUUGAUGGGAUCUGUGCACGGUUCCCUAGCCUCUUAACAGAAGCCAAACAAGAGGAUAAAUUCAAGGAUCUCUACCGGUUUACAUUUCAGUUUGGCCUGGACUCUGAAGAAGGGCAGCGGUCACUGCAUCGGGAAAUAGCCAUUGCCCUGUGGAAACUAGUGUUUACCCAGAACAAUCCUCCGGUUUUGGACCAGUGGCUAAACUUCCUAACAGAGAACCCCUCGGGGAUCAAGGGCAUCUCCCGGGACACUUGGAACAUGUUCCUUAACUUCACUCAGGUGAUUGGCCCUGACCUCAGCAACUACAGUGAAGAUGAGGCCUGGCCAAGUCUCUUUGAUACCUUUGUGGAGUGGGAAAUGGAGCGAAGGAAAAGAGAAGGGGAAGGGAGAGGUGCACUCAGCUCAGGGCCCGAGGGCUUGUGUCCCGAGGAGCAGACUUAGUGGCACUGUCACAGGAGCAGCAGCAAGGAUCUAUCUGCCUGCUGCCCAGCAGCCAACUGAGGAACUGGACCUUUCUGGAAGUUACUGAAGAUCCGGAUAUUUUCUACUUUACACCUUUCUCUGCCUUGUAUCUGAAAGGGCUCUAAAAUGCUGUAUCAUGUUUUAGGCACUUUCUUCACUUUUUGGUUAUUUUGGUUACUUCGUUUUUUGAGGGGGUUCCCCCAAAUAUUUGAACCUGGCUACAUGUUGUGUAUCUUUUCUUUGAAGCCUUCAGAUAGAAUAAGCCUGCCAUUUCUUGCACAUAUUGGAGGGGUUUUUUUGUGGGGGAGGGUGUAGAACAGGGAGGGCAAAUGGAACGGUUAGGUUGAAUUAACAUUACAAGGUGAUACAGUGCCAGAUCUCAGUUUAGCUUAUUCUGUUUUUCAGGGCAGGUCUGUACUGUGUGUAGUGCUGUUUACAUGGUUGAAUUUAGGUUGUAAUAAUUAUUUUUAAAGAUUUACACAGAGUUGAAUAGCAGUGUUAACUGUCAACCACAUUGCAUUAAUUCCCAGGCAGUUUAAAGCUCUUGGAGAGUUAAGGCCAGCCAGGAGUGUUUGUAGUCUGGUGACAACCCCCUUUUAAGCUAAUUUAUCCAAAACUCUUAUUUUCCUCACUUCCUGCUCAUUCCUUCUUUAACCUAUUGCAGUUCGUGUUGAUUUUAUCCAUCAACAUGCUGCACCUGUCAGUCAAGUGAGCUUUUUUUUUUUAGAACACAUUGUACUGAGAACCACUUAAGUAUUGAAUGCAGAGAAAGCAGUGCUACCUCAGUUUUUUUGGAAGUAGACUUCAAUAGUUUUCUUUCUUUGGUGAAUUUUCUGUAUUUUCAUGUUGUAAGUGGAAAUACUUUAUUUUUUCAUUUGCCUUGGAGCCAAAGUUUCUGUUCUGGGUGGUCAGAAAACUGUGCCUACUGGCCAGCUGACUUGAAGGAAAACUGGUAUGGAGCUCUGCUUGAAUUUUUUUUUUUUUGAGUAUCAUCUGCUUACUUGUCUGGCAAGUGCAGAAGCCUGAGGCUGGCCUGAACUCUGCCAAACAAAUACAGAAGUGUAUUUAAUAGUUACAUGUGUGCCCUUUCCCUUCUUGCUGCACCCAUGUUGUCACUUAACCCCCAGGAAUUAUUUAUUAUCUUCUUUGUUAAUGUCAGGCUCAUUUGGGGUAACGUGAUGACUGUUUAGGUUUACAUGACCCCUAUUGCCUUCCCAUGCCCCCAAAAUAUGUAUAUAUACAUAUAUAAGAUAUGUAUAUAUUUUACCUGUAUAAAAUAUAUAUAUACACAUAUAUGUAUCUAUAUUCCUUUGUUUCUUUGCCUGCUAUAAAACUGGCCAUAAAAUAGGGACUGCCUUCAAUAUAUAAAGUAUAGAAGAGUGCCAGGGACUGUCAUAAUGGAGGCUUUUGAAUCUGAAUUUGGGCCAUUUUCACUAAAGAGAAGAUGAAGUUUCUCAGCCUUUUUUCUCAAAGGAGGGAGGCCAGUCCCCCAGCCUCCUCUGCGUGCUUGCUCCGUGAGGCCAGAAUUGCCCAAACUGCCACCCAGGAGCGGACCUGGUCCUGCUUGGUUUCAGUAGAGGGUCCUCUUGUUAUUCUUCCAUUUAAAAAAUAUGUCCUCAAAAAACUGUACUGGAAAGGUGGGUGGCAGGAACUUGUAGGGUUCAGCUUCCAAUACAUUGGAACAGAUUGAAAAGGGAAUCUUUUAAAUAAAAACUUAAAAAAUAUUUAUCCUCUUGAGGUAAUGAGAAUUUAUCUAUUAAACACUUGGGAGUUUUUUCUCUCAACUAUCCUAUCUCCGUCCCAGGUAUAUGUUUCUCAACCUGGGCAGAAAUUACUUAUUUUGAGUUCCAUAUUAAGUAGCCUUAUGGUUUCAGGAUCCCGUUUUAGAAUAAUGAUUAUUUAAGGAGAUUUUGCAGUUGUUGUUUUCAUAAAAUUGACACAGACAUAGGGAACACUUUUAAAUCCUAAAUCUUAGAGUUGCCCUUCUGGAGGGGCAGAUGGGUAACUUUAAAAUCAAGCCUACGGUAGGUCAGCAAUACUGCUGGAAAGCUAUAGAGGGUCUCAGGCUAAAUGUCUGGCUUUGCUCUAACCUAGGACACAAGAUCUUUGACUAAAGAGUUUCUAGGGGCUCUGGCAGGUUCUAUUGGCUCAACUGUAGUUGAGGUGCCCAGGCUGAGGUCUUAAAGAGACCACCUUCCCAUCCAGCCAAUCUGCAACCUCCUGUUUCUCCUAAUUCUGGAUUGAGUAGAGGUGGAAAGGAAAAGGCAGGCUGUGCCUAGCCAGGUAAGGCUUUCUGUCCCAGAUGAGCAGGGUGUAUGGAGAGAAGUGUACCAAAGGGGGAGGUGCUGAGGAUCCUGAGGACUCCGGAGGAGCUGGAUUCCUUCCCUGGCCUAUAAGAAGUCAUUCUAUGCCGAGGUAUACUAUAGUGUGUGGAUUUUGUUUUUAUUUAAGUUGUUCAGCUUCCUCACCCUCCACAAAAGAGCCUUUUAAAAAUUAUUUGUUCAUAUUUUUAAUAAUCUAUUUGUUACAGAAAUGUAAAUGAGAAGCCAGGAAAGUGAGCAGUCAGGGAGGGACUUACAGGUUCCUUUUAGGUUUUAGUCCCUGACGUAAGGAAUUUAAGUUAAUGCAGUAGCUCUGGAUCAGUGCUUGACUUUUUUAAGACCAUAGGGAAAGCAGUUUUUCUGCCACGCGAUCUAAGGUGGGGUGUAUGUAGGUUUCCAGUUACAUUUCUGGGAAAUGACUUGUCCCUGUUCCUCUUCACCUAGGAAUAGGUUUGCUGCUUAAUGAGCAGUACUUGUGUGUAAGAGGCCAAACGCAUGCCGCUCAGGUAAGCCAGUGCACACCAGGGUGGUGUGGAGAGGGGAGGGAUGUGGAUGCCCAUUUUGAAAAGACGUAGAUGCCUGAGGGUGACAACAAAGUGAAUGUUUUGGGAGUUGCUUGUUUUCGGUAAAUGGCUUUUUUUCUGAGUUUCUGUGGUGGUUCUUUAGCAAUUUGUUAGACAGCUGUAUGAGAUGAAGUGUUGCUUCAUUGACUGCUCUUCCUCCAUCCCUGCCAAAUUUUAAUGCAUCACUCUUAACCCCACCUCCUAUAAUGACACUUUGUUGUGCUUCAGCUGAUUGCCUCAGCAGUUCUCCCCAUCCCUGCCAGAUGUGCCCACAUGUUUGAGUUGGGUCAAGACCCCAUACUUACCCUUUUGAUAAAAGAAAAACCUAGAGUUCUGAGUAAAGAUCCAAAUCUCAACUAAGCCCCCAGGCCCCCAGAAAUCCAGCUGAAGGCAGCAUUUUCAAUAUUAAACUUCCAAGAAGGAAGAAAGGAUUAAGCCACACAGUAUUAGGCUUUGAAACCAUACUGAUCUCCCAGGGGCUGAUGCCAGGAUUCAGUCCUCAGUGCUGGAAUCUGCAGGGUGUAGGACGCCAGAGCUCAUGUGAUGGUCUCACAUACUGUACCAUGCCAAACUACAUUACCAGUGGUGGGAAAUUACUGGGAUAAGGACUUGGAUCUAAAAGCUUAGGAACCAAAAUAUCUGUAUUUAGGACUGUGUUUGGUUUGCCACAUUUAAAGGAAAGUCUUGAGUGCAGUGAAGCCCAGAGGUAGACCAAUUACACAAUCACAGGGGCUGGAAUGAAGCUGCUGCUGGGUUUGUAUUCUGUUUUGUGUUACUUUCCUGCUUUGCCAUUUUUCUUCUAUCUCUAAUGUUUGCUUAGUAAUGACUUGAAUAUCUUGGUUACUGACAAAUGUCUUCCUUGAGGGACUCCAGCAGUCCUUGUUUAAACAGCUGAAAUGACUGUCAAAAACGAUCAGUGUGUUACUUGGGACUCUUUUGAGGACAUGACAUUGAUCCUCCUCUUGCUCCACAAAUCUGUUUUCUGAGUCAUGUAAAGGGGGUUCCCACCCACCCCACUUCAGUUUAUUUCUAUGAUAAGCUGCAAUAAUAGCGUAUGUCCAGUUUAACCUGGACUGGGACUGUGUUUUGGUGGGUGUUUGCAGAUGUUUUUCCUUACUGAAAGAUGAAAUUGAUGCUUGAGCACUGGUUGCAGAAGCCAAGAUGAUUCAAGUAGCUUUGAGAAUCCAUCAGGUUCUGCUUUUGAUUCAGAUGCGGGGCAUCAUGUCCUCCUUAUUCCUCUUCUUGGAAACUUAGCCUGCCUCUCAGAUACCAACCCCACCCACCUACCGCCUCUCCCUAUGAUUUUUAAUGCAGACUUUGGACAUUGCCAAAGGAAGCCAUUCAGCAGCUGCUGUGGGUUGAUUUUUCCUCCAUCAUGCACCUAUUCUGUCUGGUAUUAUCUGCCCACUGACCCUGGUCCCCAGCUCCUGGUCUGACUAACUGCUUUUACUUGUUGCACUAAUGAAUAGGAUUCUAGGUUUCAAAGGGGGAAUUUGAAGCAAUAGGCAAAUGGGGUUUGGAUGAAUUGGUCCUACAGAUACCCUGCCUUAACUCACUGAGGUGAUGAGUCCACUGCUCAUGUGAUCCUCCACCUUUGUGGAUUCUUUAGGUUUGUGACCAGUGUUUCUAUUUCUUGAGGUCGUACAAACUUGACAAAAGUCAAUACUUCAGUUUGUAUUUUCUGCACUGUUCCAGUCCCUGAGUGGUCCCUUGAAUAUUUUAUAUUAACUUGUUACACAUAUUUUUGUCUUUGUCUACAUUCUUUCUUUUUUUAAUUUGGAAGGUUACCUGCUGUUGGAUUUAAUAAAUUUGUUUACUUGA